GAGGAUGUAAUGAAUUAUUAUCUUAUUGGCAAUGAAAUGCAAUUCUUUCAUGAUGGUCAGAAGCCUAAAAACCCAUCAAAUCUAAGUACAAAUCCAAUAUCUGAUGCAUUUGGGGUAUUGGCGAAAUUAAUCAUUCUUAAACCAUUUAUUGAUCACUGGCCUGUGACUUACUUUAAGGCUAUAGAAAAGUCGAGACAUCAUUUUAACACGGAAUCUGAUGAA